GCGCUACUUAAGGCCCAGCUGCGUGAGCCAUUGACGUGUUUGGAGCUGGAGACGGCCUGGGCGCUGGCGGAGCGGCCGCCCGAGGUGGUCCGACGAUGGUGAUAAAAAGUAGAACACUGUCACGGAAGGGGGGCAACCUGAGUUCAGUCUGCGUCCCAUCAUUGUUGAGAUUACAUCCAAGGAGUGUGAACAGCGGAGCAGAGCUCUGUGUUCAGAGCACGGGACACAUGUAGACAAGAAAGCCGUGAGUUCAUUUUGUGCCCUCACCUGUCUUAGGAAGAAGUCAAGCCCGCAAAGAAAUUGUGUUCGGGAGAGGAAGAAGCUUCUAGGGAGAAGACACUUAGGAUGCCCAUGGUGACGCGGAGGCUGAGGGAUCCUGACAUAAACCCUUGCUUGUCGGAAUCGGAUGCGUCUACCAGAUGCAUGGCUGAAAAUAACUAUGACAAGGAGAGCUGUUCCUCUCACUUCUUGAAGUACAAGAACUGCCGGAAGUUCUGGAAUUCUGUCAUGAUCCAGAGAAGACAGAACGGAGUGAAGCCGCCCAUGCCCACGGCCGCAGAGAGAGACGAGAUCUUAGGAGCAAUGGGGAAGAUGCCCUAUUGAGUGUUUGCAUUAAAAUUGUUUAUGUAACUUAGGCACAGAUAAAUAUUUUUAAUAAGUGGUUACUGCGACUUCAUAAGACCUUUCAGGCCUUACGCAGACAGAGCUCGGAUUCCUCAGGGGAAGUCCCGUGUCCUCCACUUCUGCUGUCAAUACCACGAUGAGAGUGGGCCACCCCGGCUCUGCCGCGUCCCCGACUUCACAAGACUUGCUGAAGGCAAGGGGGCCUUAGGAACAGCUCGGUGGAGAGUUGAGCUUUUCCGCUGGGUCUUGAGAGAAAGAAGUAAGAUGCGAACAAGGGAGGGAUUAAUGGGGGUGAAAGGGAGGCAGUGUCUCCAAGGAAGGCAAGUGAUGUGCGUGACAGCACCACAGAGGGCGGGCUGGAGCCGCGUGUGGAGAGCAGUCUGUGGACUGUCCCCCUGGAGGGGUGGUGGGGAGCAGACUGGAUGGCAGGUCCAGGGUGGGUACCUGAUGGGGCUCAGUCCCAGGCAUGUCACUAAGGUCUCUGCCCUGACAUCACUCAUGUACCUUGAUUUAAAAAGCCUUGGCGAGGCACAGGUGUCUUUAAAUGACAUACAGAGAACUGGUUUUCUUUAUGUUUCCUUAAGGAUGGGCUUAGUCAAAGGAUUCUGUGACUGAAGUCUGUGAUUACUGGACAGCCUUCUAAAGAAAAGGUGAUGCUUUCAGAGGUGGGGUUUCUACCUGCAGGAUGAGAUGGACAAGGAGGGGCUGGGGUUCGUCAGGUGAUUGCAACACAGGAUGAGGCUGGAGCUGAGCUUCAUUUUAUGAUAUAAAAGCGAGAAUAUUCCGUAUCAUGACUGGGGUGGUGGUGUAAAGCAGGUCUCAAACUCACCGCCUUUUAAAAUCCGGGGUCUUUCAUUUACAGGAUUGCUUUGUAAAAGACACAUUAUUUGAUCAAAUUUCAUGUGUACAGAAAGUGAAAACAGAUAGUUUGUGUCCCUUCUCUUCGUCUGGUCCUGGUGCAGGAAUAUUACGACAGCCGCUGACACAAACUGUCUAGCUCGUUGGUCCUAGUCCAAAAUCCAGGUCAGAGGUUUUUAAACUAUGGAACCUUUAUUUUCAAAUAUGAUUCUAUUCAAAUAAAAGGUAGAAUUGUUUCAGAAA